GCCACCAAUUUCUUUUCGUUCUUUCAAAGAUUUUGAGAUUUUUUUUUCUUUUAACAAGAUUAGACAAUCGCCAUGAGUUUAGAGAGUGAUAUCAAAGGCAAACAAGUCGUUUCUGCUGACGAUUGUGUGGUUUGUUUAGAGCCAUUGACUAAUGAUGCUACUGAACGAACUGUGGUUAACCUUCGAUGCAGCCACAAAUUUCACUUAGAUUGUUUGGGUUCACACUUCAAUACAAAGAAGAGUAUGGAAUGUCCAUGUUGUAGACGGAUCGAAAAAGGUCAAUGGUUGUUACCAAAACCUGUAGAUGUCGACCCUCCCUUUCCGAAUAUCUUUGAUAUGCAUUUUCAACUUGACUUAAGCAAUGAUAUAGACGACAUGGCAACCAGGGUGGGGAGUGGCAGUACUCUGCAGCCUCCUAUUUUUACUACGUUACCUCUAGAUGUUCCGAACCAAAUCACUGACAAUCGCAACGUGAGGACGCAUCAUUGGGGUGACACUUCGUUGGACAGAAGGAUGCAGCGUCAUGAGAUAGACGAACAUGUAGCCCUUUUUGUUGGUAGAGAACGUCGUUUACACGACAUGAUAAAUCAUCUUCAAGGCAGGACCGGAGGAAGUGGUUAUGGCGGUGAAAGAAGCGGUGGGGAAGUGGUGGCGGAGGAAGUUGAGGCGGGGGAAGAAGCAGAAGGGGCGGAAGUGACGGAAGAGUAGAUGUGGUGGUGACAAAAGGAGAAGUUGUGGCUCGGAAAUAAUAUGGUUUAUGUGAU